GCUGGAAGGAGGGCGGAGAAGAGGGCGUAGACGCGCGGCCGAAUCCCAGCGCCAAACCUCGCGGAGCCUUCCCGCUGCGCCCCCCAGGCGUCGGCUCGUGCGCGGCCGGCGCUGCGAGAACGUUGCUCGGGUGCCGGCCAUUCUCCCGGAGGGCAUCCACGACCUACCCUUCGUCCCAGGCGUGCGCUGGCCGAGAUCUUGGGGGUCCCUGAGGAGGUGAGCGUGCCUGACAGCCCAGGGCCCAGCCCACGGGAUCUUCUGCGCCAGGACUGACAGCAGACCCGCCUCCCGACAGGACUCAGAGAAGAACAUCCAUCUCCCGGGAACAUGGCAGGUGGGAAGGUGCUGAUCGUCUACGCGCACCAAGAGCCCCGGUCUUUCAACGGGUCCUUGAAGGACGUGGCCGUGGCCGAGCUGAGCCGGCAGGGCUGCAGGGUCACCGUUUCGGACCUCUAUGCCAUGGGCUUUGAGCCGAGUGCCACGAGGAAGGAUGUCACUGGCGCCCUCUCCAACCCCAGCUUCUUCAAUUACGGGGUGGAGUCCCAUGAGGCCUACAGGAGGAAGGCUCUGAGCAGUGACAUCGUCGAGGAGCAGAAGAAGCUUCAGGAGGCUGAUCUGGUGAUAUUCCAGUUCCCGCUCUACUGGUUCAGCGUGCCGGCCAUCCUGAAGGGCUGGAUGGACAGGGUGCUGUGCCAGGGCUUCGCCUUCGACUUCCCGGGCUUCUACGACGACGGCUUCCUCAAGGGUAAACUGGCCGUCCUGUCCUUCACCACGGGCGGCACCGCCGAGAUGUACUCGAAAACUGGAGUCCGUGGAGAUUUUCGCUAUUUCCUCUGGCCCCUCCAGGGACGCUGUGCGUGCGCAGGGCGCCUUCUCACCAGCUGUCCCUUCCCUGUGGCUGCAGCACGGUACCCUGCACUUCUGUGGGUUCAAGGUCCUGGCCCCUCAGAUCAGUUUUGGUCCUGAAUAUGCAUCAGAGGAAGAGCGGAGGGGGAUGGUGGCCGCCUGGGCGCAGAGGCUGACGACCAUCUGGGAGGAGGAGCCCAUCGACUGCUCGCCCCCCUGGUACUUCGGGCCGUGACCCCCGCACCCCGACACGCGGUCAGCCACGCCGGGAGGUGAUGGCAGCUGGAUCAGGGCACGUGCUCAGAAUGCUUUGGCCGUCCAGCUUUUAUUGAAAGACCACCUCCUGGGGCGCCGGCAUCUCUGCUGAAGCCUCUUCCUCCCCUUCAGCAUCUAAGUCCCAGCUCCUCACUCAUUGUCUUCCAAGAUAAUAAAGCAAGAGCCACAGGUUC